GUUCAUAAGUUCGUAAUUCGUUCAUUCGUUUGAUUCGUCUAUCUGUCUGCGCUGAUUCCUGUGUGAUUCAUGAGUUUUACAGAAAUUAUUAUUCUAAUUUCGUUGCCUGUAUAUUUUUCACUUUUUCAAAGUGCAAAAUGGGAGAACACUAGUAGUGAUGACUUAUUGCUCCUUCGAUAUAUUACUGAAAUAGUUCGUUGAACCGAAAGGAAAAAGAUGGAGAAUAAUUUAAGCCGUAGUGGCAGCCGAUCGAGCUCAGUAUGUGAGCUGGAAAAGGACUUUAGCGACAUGGAAAUUAUGAAAACUAGGACGAACCGACGUAACGUACUGCUCCGAACGCCAGCCGCGCGGAAAGCAAAACGAGUCAGAUUUUUUAGAAAUGGUGAUAAAUUUUAUUCAGGUGUCAUAAUUCCAGUCUUGCCAGAAAGAUACAGGUCCUUUGAUAGUCUUACGGCAGAUCUAACAAGGGUUUUAGUUGACAAUGUAACUUUGCCAAGUGGUGUCAGAGCAAUAUAUUCACUUGAGGGUAGAAAAAUAGGCAAACUGGAUGAUCUAGAAGAUGGGCAAUCAUAUGUCUGUAGUGGAUUUGGUGAACCCUUCAAACGUCUAGAUUAUGAAGCCAGUGCAGUGACCCCUCAAUCUUUCAGACUUAGUGGCCCCGAGUCUUUGAGUGAUAGCUCAAGUCCAUCCCCAGCUAGAGCUAAUAACAGACUGUCCCGAUAUUUGCAGGCAAAUGGUAGUAGCACUACUGGCAACGGGACAGCGAGAGUUAGCCCUGCUGGAGACAAUGUUGUCAGACCACGCAUAGUUACUAUUAUACGUAAUGGAGUUAAACCACGGAAGGUGUGCAGAUUGUUACUAAACAAACGCAACAGCCCCACACUGGAACAUGCACUUGCCGCUAUAACUGAAUGUGUUAAACUAGACACAGGUUGUGUCCGUAAAGUGUUCACAAGAACCGGAUCUGUAGUCACAGCACUGAACCAAUUCUUUGAAGUUGAAGAUGUGUUCUUUGCUUAUGGAAAUGAGAGGGUCAACCAAGAGGAUUUUGAAUUGGAAUUCGAAGAAAAUAAGGCUGUGCUACAAUGUAGAAAAACUCCUAUAUCAAGAAAUUCAAGGACCGGCCCAAAACCGCGUAUGCCUGUGAAAGCGGGUGGAGGCGCUGCUCGAGCGGCCAGUGAGGCAGGAGCUGGCGCAACCGGCGAUGUUUCUGACGAGUCCACAGCCCCCUUACUACCACAACCUCUAAGACUCAAGUACAGCGUCGGCAGAAUCAUAGGUGACGGCAACUUCGCUGUUGUACGGAUAUGUAAAGACAAGACCACUGGGAAGGAAUAUGCCCUCAAAGUUAUUGAUAAGGCCAAGUGCAAAGGCAAGGAACACUAUGUGGAGGCUGAGGUUCGAGUCAUGAGGAAGCUGUGUCAUCCACGAAUUGUAUCUCUAAUCGAAGAACAGGAUAGUCCUGAGUGGCUAUUCCUUGUAAUGGAAUUAGUCAGUGGUGGAGACUUGUUUGAUAGUAUCGCGGCCGCUUCCAAAUUCUCUGAGCCCCAAGCGCGUUUGCUAAUCGGCCACUUAACAUCUGCUAUCGCAUAUCUACACUCGCUUUCUAUAGUGCAUCGUGACAUCAAACCCGAAAAUCUAUUGGUGGAAGUGGGUUUGGAUGGCAGCAUACGCGGCCUGAAGCUGGCUGACUUUGGUCUGGCCGUAGAAGUAUGGCGACCACUGCACGCAGUUUGUGGCACUCCUACAUACGUAGCACCUGAAAUACUACUGGAGACUGGAUAUGGACUAAAGAUUGAUGUUUGGGCGGCUGGCGUGAUUUUAUACAUAUUGCUAUGUGGAUUCCCGCCUUUCUCGUCUCCUGACGGUGAUCAAGAGAAAUUGUUCGAUGCGAUAUUGUCGGCCCGGCUAGAGUUCCCCGCCCCGCACUGGGAGCGCGUGUCCGCGGGAGCCAUCGACUUGGUCGCUAACAUGUUGCGCCCACAGCCGGAGCUGCGCUUUGCUGCUGAGGACGUACUCGACCACGCCUGGAUGGCGGACGAUUAUGACGAAAGCUGCGACUUCCGCACGUGGUACGAUGAAGACUCUUCAUAGCUGGGCGAGUCUCGCCGUGAAUCGAUGUCGGCGCCCUUGUGACGACGCGUUACCGGCCAAGCCGAGUCUUGAAUUCAUUUGAAUCUACGCUACGGCUUUAGCGUUUAGUGCUGUUCUAAUCACAGCGAUGUAUGCCUUUCGAUAUGUUAACACCAAUACCAAAGUUAUUAUUUAACAUAUUUUACUUAAAGAUACUGCUUACUUAAAGGUUGUCUGUAAGAAAUCGCCUUGUGCGAUAAGACCGCCCAUUGUGCACUAUUUUUGUUAAUAUUUAUCCUAUAAUGUGAUUGUG